AUGGUGGCCGGUUCAGCAGCAGUGCGGCACAAGGCAAAGCUUGCUGACUUGGCUUUUUCCAAAGUUGAAAGACGCCUCGUUGAGCUGGCAGGUGACAGGAACAUGGAUGCCAACAGCACCAACAAAGUUGCGGUGCUGGUUUGGAAUUAUCCCUGCAAUCCAGUGCAACGAGCUCACCUCGAGCUUCUUCAGAAGGCACGGCAGCUGCUGGAACGAACAGCUCGGAUACCAGUUGCGGCAGCAUACCUCACUCUCACCCCCGAUGCAGAAGCACCAGACUGUCCAUGUCUCCCCUUUGCCCUCCGUACUGCAUUGUGCCGGCUGGCAUGCGAGGAGUCCGACUUCGUAGAAACUUGUGCUUGGGGCUGGGACAUGUCCCGGACCGGCGAGAGGAUUAUUCAGCAGCUGACCGCGAAACUGUCCUGGAGUGGAGGUCUGCAUUGGGAGUUCCAACCGUGGUGCCUCAUGACCGAAUUGCGUGCCUCAGAUUUGCGUGCCUCAGAUGACAGAUCGUAUCACGAUAUGCCCGUUGUGUGUAUGGGCCCGGCAGUCCAGUCGCCAGCGCGUUGCACCGUCACAGACUUGGAAGCUCGAAUCCGCCGGGUGCGCCGGCGCAGCUACGAGCAUCAUCCCACGGUCCUCCUCCCAACAGCGCAUAACACAGCUCUUCCAGAGAGCCUCGCGGAGCAGGAGCGGCACCUCCAGAAACUGCUCAUCAACUCAGACUGGGAGCAGCUCUCUGAGUCUGGACUGGUCCCCCCCAGGGUGCUGGAGCCUUUGCGCCGCGGUAUGUUGGACCCAGCCGAAAUGGAUUUCCAACUGCCUGGCGUUGACGAGACUGAUGAUGAGCCCGAGCAGCUCGACACCAAAACGAGUGCCUGGGCAGACCAAGGCUUCAGCAAGGAUGCCUGGGCCUGA